GCUCAAGGUCAGAGAGGCUCCGGGUUUCCAGGACCCGAGAGCCAAAGAUAUUCAGUGAGAGAGAGCGAGACUGGAAGAGGCAAGGAAUAGGUCUGCGCCACCUUGCCCAUAACGCGUUGCUUUCAGUCACGUUCCGCGAACUGGCGAAAGCACGCGAAAAGAUAAGCGCAGUUACACAGAAGCCUGCCAGGGAGUGGCUCCCGCUGUUUCCCCAUGGAGCCCCAGCGGGGAGUCUUCCGGUUGGACCCCUGCUUCUGCUGAUUGGUUGUAGGCCGCCCCCACGUGAUGCAGACCCGGGUCGGCCUCCGCUUUCCCCGCCCCUUUUUUCCCCCUCCCCACCCGGAGGUCGCGGGAGGUGGAGAGCCGGUUACCGAGGCAACCGCCACAGGCAGUCUGUACACACCAGGCCUGGGGCGGGAGAGGGUUUCCUGCCUGCUGCUGCAAGACAGGGAUUGGGAAGUCAGAGUGGACUCUGACUUGAAUCGGAUUGCCCUGGAAUCCAUCCUCUCUCUUGAUAAGACACACAGUGUAAUACAAAGGACAACCAGAGCCUGUUCAAAUGAGAGAAACAUGAGUAUAUAGUGAGAGAACUAACAACUUCAACUGUGAGUAAGUUAUAAUGUUAUGAUCACUAUUUUUAACGGAAGAUGAUUGAAAGUGAAAAUCUAAACCAAGAAGAAAUAAUUAAAGAACUGUGUUUGUGCAAUGGCUUAUCUUAUGAGAUGGUUGGACAAGAAGGAUCAGAUACAUCAAAGUUGGAGAUGUUUUUCUUAGGGUAUCCUCGUAUAGUCGGAUUAUCAUUAUUUCCUAAUUUAACUAGUCUUACCAUUGUUGCUCAAGAUAUAAAAGAAAUUUCAGGGUUAGAGCCUUGUUUACAACUUAAAGAACUUUGGAUUGCUGAGUGCUGCAUAGAGAAAAUUGAAGGUCUUCAGGAAUGUAGAAAUUUGGAAAAACUAUAUUUAUAUUUUAAUAAAAUUUCCAAAAUAGAAAAUUUAGAGAAAUUAAUCAAAUUGAAGGUUCUUUGGCUGAACUACAAUACAAUUAAAAAUAUUGAGGGUUUGCAAACUUUGAAGAAUUUAAAAGAUCUCAACCUUGCUGGAAAUCUAAUAAAUAGCAUUGGCCGAUGUCUUGACUCCAAUGAACAACUGGAAAGAUUAAACCUUUCUGGUAACCAAGUAUGUUCUUUCAAGGAGCUCACGAACUUAACCAGGCUGCCUUGCUUAAAGGAUUUAUGUCUGAAUGAUCCUCAAUAUAAAACCAAUCCAGUUUGUCUUCUGUGUAAUUAUUCCACACAUGUAUUAUAUCAUUUGCCUUGCCUUCAAAGAUUUGACACAUUGGAUGUGUCAGCAAAGCAAAUCAAGGAACUGGCAGAUACCACAGCAAUGAAAAAAAUAAUGUAUUACAAUAUGCGUAUAAAAACUCUUCAGAGGCAUCUUAAUGAAGACCUUGAAAAACUGAAUGAUCGAAAAUGCAAAUUACAAAAGUUGCCAGAAGAACGAAUAAAAUUAUUCAGCUUUGUGAAGAAAACCUAUGAAGAAAUAAUGGAUUAUUCAACAAAUGGUGUUAGAAAAGUAGUCAAACUAUUUGGGAGCUGGAGAGUUGGAUCCUUCAUUUGCACUUUACCAAAUUUGGAACGAGAACUGGCUGAACUCAAGGGCUCGGGCAAAGGGCACAGUGAUGGAUCCAAUAACAGUAAAGUAACUGAUCCUGAAACAUUGAAGAGUUGUGAAACUGUCACUGAAGAACCAAGUCUUCAACAGAAGAUAUUGACCAAACUAAGUGCCUUGAAUGAAAGGGUAACAUUCUGGAACAAAAAACUAGAUGAAAUUGAAGCAAUUUAUCAUAUUGAAGUAAAACAAAAGAAGAAAAGUCAUGGCUUAUUGAUCCCACUUUUGUUAACUGAGUUAGAGACUGUGGGAAAUUUCCAUUUUGAAGAAGGCACUCGAUCUGAUGACUGGUUUAAUUUCUGCUAUGAAUUAAUUCUGUCACGUUUUUGUGCCUGGGACUUCAGAACAUAUGGUAUUACAGGAGUAAAAGUAAAACGCAUCAUUAAAGUUAACAACCGUAUUCUGAGAUUAAAAUUCGAAGAGAAAUUUCAAAAGUUUUUGGAGAAUGAAGAUAUGCAUGAUUCAGAGAGCUACCGAAGGAUGCUGGAAUGCCUUUUUUAUGUUUUUGAUCCUGAAGUUACAGUGAAGAAAAAGCAUCUUCUACAAAUACUUGAAAAAGGAUUCAAAGAGAGUGAAACAAGCAAGUUGCCUCUCAAAAAAGAAGCUGUCAUUCUUUCUAACAGUUUAAGUAUAAGUGAGUGUCCCAGAAUUGAAUUUUUACAGCAAAAGCACAAAGAUGAGAAGAAAAACUCUCUUAAGCAUGAGCUCUUCAGACAUGGCAUCCUCCUCAUUACAAAAGUUUUCCUUGGCCAGAGUGCUCAGGCCCAUGAAAAAGAAUCCAUCAGUCAAUCCAACUACCCAAUGGUUAAUUCAGUGUUCAUUCCUCGGAAAUAUUUACUAAAUUCUGUCAUGGGACAAAGAAACUGUGAUUGCAGUGUUCGGCAGUGCAAGUGGUUUGUCUUUGAUCAUGACCUUGUUUUGCCAGAAUACGUUGUUGAAUUUGAGUAUAUUACAAUGGUCAAGUCACCCUCUUUAUUUUCUGUAUUCAACAAUGUUAUUCUAGAAGAAAGUAAAAAAAACCCAGAAGGAUCAGUAUUUUCCAAGGAUUUGAAAUUUGAUGAUGAAGUUAUAAAAAUGGAGCCCAGAAUCAAGGCCCGACCAAAACUGAUUAGUUUGGAUGAUAAAACAAUACUUUCCCUUGCAAAAACUAGCGUUUACAGUCAUAUUGUGAGUCUGAAUCUACAUGGAAACAGCUUGAGUAAAUUGAGAGAUCUCUCCAAGUUAACAGGACUUCGAAAACUAAAUAUUAGCUUUAAUGAAUUUACCUGUUUAGAUGAUGUAUACCACUUGUAUAACCUUGAAUAUUUGGAUGCCAGCCAUAACCAUGUGAUAACCCUUGAGGGAUUUAGAGGUCUGAUGAAACUGAAGCACUUAGACUUGAGCUGGAAUCAACUGAAAAAAUCUGGCGAUGAAAUAAAUAUGUUAUGCAAACACACCACAAGCCUUCUCACUCUUGAUAUUCAACAUAAUCCAUGGCAAAAGCCAGCCACAUUGAGGCUGAGUGUUAUUGGCAGAUUAAAGACUCUUACCCAUUUAAAUGGAGUCUUCAUUUCUGAAGAAGAAGCAACAGCAGCUAUGAAAUUUAUUGCUGGAACAAGGAUUACUCAGUUAUCUCUCUUACGGCAUUCUAGUACUAAAGAGGAGAGACCACGGAUACUUAGUAUAUGGCCUUCUGCCAAAAUUCUGACGCAGAUUUCAAAGUUAGGACCUCAUUUACAUCUGAGUGGAAACUGGUACUUGAAGAUAACUGCCUUAAAUUUAGAUGGACAACAUCUUUUUGAAAUCACAAAUUUAGAAAAAUUGGAAAAUUUGAAAUGGGCAUCAUUCAGCAAUAAUAAUCUCACUAAAAUGGAGGGUCUGGAAUCCUGUAUUAACUUGGAAGAGCUCACAUUAGAUGGAAACUGCAUCUCAAAGAUAGAAGGUAUUUCCAAGAUGACUAAAUUAACUCGCCUCAGCAUAAAUAAUAAUCUUCUCACUGGUUUGGAACAGCAUACCUUUGAUAAUAUGCUUCAUCUUCACUCCCUUUCUCUUGAGAACAACAGAAUCACUUCAUUGAGUGGUUUACAAAAAUCUUUUACUCUUGUUGAGUUAUACAUAAGCAAUAACUAUAUUGCUGUCAAUCAGGAGAUGUACAAUUUAAAGGGUUUAUGCAACUUGGUCAUUCUAGACAUGUGUGGAAACAUUAUUAUAUGGAAUCAAGAAAACUACCGGUUGUUUGUAAUAUUUCAUCUUCCAGAACUGAAAGCUUUGGAUGGGAUAUCAAUUGAACCACCAGAGACUGAGAAUGCAAAAGAUUUGUUUGGUGGUAGACUUACUUCUGACAUGAUUGCAGAACGACAAGGGCAUUCCAACUUCAUGCAAAUGCAAGAACUAAAUUGGACUUCAUCAUCCAUUAGAACAGUGGAUUUGAUUCCAGUCGACCAAUUUAGAAAUGUAUGUAAUGUGAAUCUACAGAACAAUAAUCUUACUUCAUUCAGUGGAUUAAUCUAUCUACCUAAUGUGAAGGUCUUAUGCCUCAACUAUAAUCAUAUUGAAUCAAUCAUGCCCAGACUAAAGCCUCAGACUCACUUAACCAAUAGACAACUACUGUACCAGAAAGUGCCUUCAAGUGGCUAUGGACAGCAAGGAAUUUCAAAAACAAACAGAGACAUAAUGAACAGUGAAAAUUUGCCUCCAAUAAUGCACAGUUUAGAAGUUCUUCAUUUGGGCUACAAUGGAAUUUGUAAUUUGAUCCAGCUACAACUUAACAGACUAAGAAAUUUAAAAUUCCUCUUUCUACAGGGUAAUGAAAUCAGCCAAGUGGAAGGGCUUGACAACUUAGUAGUCCUUCAGGAAUUGGUAGUGGAUCAUAACCGCAUCCGAUCAUUUAAUGACAGUGCUUUUGCCAAACCAAGUUCUUUAUUGGCACUUCACUUGGAGGAAAACAGACUGCGAGAACUGGGCAAAUUACAAUCUUUGGUAAAACUAGAGAAACUCUUCCUAGGAUAUAAUAAAAUUCAGGAUAUCACAGAACUGGAAAAACUUGAUGUUAUCUCUACUCUCAGGGAGCUAACAGUGUACGGCAAUCCAAUUUGUAGAAAAAUGCUACAUCGCCACAUGCUCAUAUUUCGACUGCCUAACUUACAGAUGUUAGAUGGAAGUCCUGUGAAUUCAGAUGAUAGGGCAAAAGCUGAAUUUCACCUCGCUGAACUACAAGCAAAGAAAAAUUCGCUUAUUCCUGUUACCCACUGUCCUAUGGAUGGCAGAUCAUUUGGCCAAGUGAAAACUCCUCCCAUAAAGGUAACAAAUGUAAUUCUGCCUAGUGGAUUCAGCCAUUGCUUGGGAUCUGACGUCACUUUAACUCCUGAAGUUGAAGACAAAAAAAACAAGAAUGCUGGGAUUCUGACAAAUAAUCCUCGGAGCAUCCAUGCAGAAAUAGCUUUCCAGCAACUCAGAGGGAUAGGUAUCUCUCCAUCUGUUUUAUCACAUCAGAAUAUUGCAUCUCCGACUGCACAAAUAUACCAGAGCAACCAAGAUGAGAGAAGAAUUUCUGGGAGCAACUUUCCAAGAUCAAAUCGAAUGUAACUGCCUAAAGAGAAAUGAGCAUACACCAAGAAACUUAACUGUUUAGUAGUUGUACAAAAACUAGCUGACAGUGGUCAGUUAAAAAAAGAAAAAAAAGAUAAUCAUGUUACUUAAGUUACUGAAGCACUUCAGUUCCAUAUGAAGAUAAUCUAUUACCCUUCAUGAACUUGAUUUAAUAUCACCUCUCUUAAACUUUCUUUAUGGUUAUCUUCAGUUAUUUGUUUAAAUUUCUAUAUCAUAAAAAUCAUGAACUAUUACAUCAGACAACAAUCUGAAAAGAUAAAAGUGACAUGAAACAAAGUCCAGAGAACUGAAUGCUUAGUUCUGGUAUUAGAAACAUUUAGUCAUGAAAUGUCAUUAUGGCAUGUCAUAGGAAGAUACUAAGAAAAGAUAACUUUAGGAAAUAGGCAUACUUUCAUUUGUAGAGUAUCUAUUCAUUUGAGAUUACAUAAAACUAAAGCACAUUUCUUACCAAACGCAACUAUUACUAAAGCAAGAUGAGUUUUGCUAGUUGAACUGCAGAUUGGUUUUUAGGACUGUAUUUUUUUAAUAAAAUACCCUCAAACCAGAUCUGCCCUCAAAACUGUUUAGAGAUGCAAAUUGUGGAUCAAUAGUAGUUUCUAAAUGUGGCUAACUAUGGGUGCAACCAGUCCUUCAUGCUCUAAGAAUAAAAAAAGAGCCCAAUUUCAUAUACAAAUCACUAAUUACACCUACAGUGAUAUAAUUUUACAAGUAGUUUCAGGUUGAAGAGAACACGUAUCCAAACUGAGU